CCCAAGCCCCAUGCCCUGAUUAGUUCUUCUGUUUGAGGGAAGAACAGUGAUCCCGUUGAGGCUGCGUAUCAAUGCCCAUUCUCAGAUGGCCUAGCAGGUGCCAGCUGUACCCUCUUCCCUCCAUAGCUCUUUCAGUGUGUCCUAACAGCAAAAACAAAUAAUCAUAUCCCCCACAAUAAAAUCAUCAUUAUAAUAAAAACACCAUUUUUACUAAUUUUUACACCAUUUUUACUAAUUUGAGCAUUUACUAAUUUCCAAGCUCUAAGCAUGCUGCUUGACUAUACCAACCCACGUAACUCCCAAAUUGGGUAGAGACUGGCACACAGUUAAGUGACAAUAGAUUCAGUACUGAUCCUUGAAUCUGCCCCUCGCUGGGUGUCUGGUCUGAUCCAGUUCUAGAUUUGGUGGGAACGGGAGUUUCAUAUGUACUCACAGAAAAGUCUGCAGACGGCAGCCUGGUCGUGUGCAUGCUCCAGCUGCCACAGAGAGUCUCCAGGGGCGUGCCAGAAAGGAGAGGGGCUCAGGGACAUGGAUGGGGCAGAACUUGGAGGACAGCCACCAAAAUGGAGGCGCCAAGGGGAGGCAGUGAUGUGCAGGGCAGCAUCCCCAUGAGUGGUCCUCAUAGCACUCGUUGUGACAUAAGCUCCCCCAGUGGCUCUCCAGAGCCAGAAGGGGCUGAGGAGGUGUUGGCCUUCUGGGUGAUUCAUAGCACGUACUGUCCCUAGAAGGCUCCAAGAAAACCCACAGAAAAGGCUUUGGCCCAAGGACCUGAACAGACAUUUCUCCAAAGAAGACAGGCGAAUGGUCAACAGAUUUCUCACCAUCACUAAUCAUCAGGGAAAUACAAGUCAGAACCACAAGGAGACACCACCUCAUGUCUGUUACACGGCUGUCAUCAGAAAGAUGAAAGAUAACAAGUGUUGGCAAGGAUGUGGGGGAAAGGGACACCUCCCACACUGUUGAUAGGAAUGUAAAUUGGUGUAGUCAUUUUGGAAAAUAGUAUGGAAGUUUCUCAAAAAAUUAAAAAUAGGGCUACCAUGGGAUCCUGUCUCCUCCUGAGUCUGAUAUCCACAGGAACUGAAAUCAGUUAUCUCAUAGAAAUAUCUACACUCCCACAUUCAUAAUAGCCAAGAAAUGGAACCAACUUACAUGCCCAUCUGCAAAAGAAUCGAUGAAGAAAAUGUGGCAGGUGUGUUUACAACAGGGUGUCCCAGAAGUUGCCCCCAAAUUCUCCAUCCAUAGGGAAAAUGGAAAAAUGUAGCUAAAUGUACCUUUAUUUACAAAUUAUUCAUUACAAAAUAUUAUAAAGAGCUGGCCAACAUGUAGAAUAUUCUGUAAAUAUUUUGUAAAAUUCUGUAUAAUUUCUCAUGUACCGUCCAGACGGUGACUUUGGGGGCAACCUCUGGGACACCCUGUAUAUAUAUCAAAUGGAAAAUGAUUCUGCCUUUACAAAAAAGGAAAUCCUGCCAUUUGCAACAUGGAUGAGCAUGAAGGAUACUGAGCUGUGUGAGCUAAAACAGACACAGAGAGACAGGUCCUGCAGGGGCUCAUGUGCAUGGAUCUCAGAACACAGUGAACUCACAGGAGGAUGGGGUGACAAAGAGAGACAGGUCCUGCACAGAUCAUGUGGUGGAGCCCAGAAGACAGUGAACUCACAGGAGGAUGGGGUGACACAGAGAGACAGGUCCUGCACAGCUCACAUGCGUGGAGCCCAGAAGUCAGUGAACUCAAAGGAGGAUGGGGUGACGCAGAGAGACAGGUCCUGCACGGCUCACGUGGUAGAGCCCAGAAGACAGUGAACUCACAGGAGGAUGGGGUGACGCAGAGAGACAGGUCCUGCACGGAUCACGUGGUGGAGCCCAGAAGACAGUGAACUCACAGGAGGAUGGGGUGAUGAAGAGAGACAAGUCCUGCACGGUUCACAUGUGUGGAGCCCAGAAGACUGAACUCAGAGAAGGAUGGGGUGACGCAAGAGACAGGUCCUGCACGGCUCACAUGCGUGGAGCCCAGAAGACAGUGAACACACAGGAGGAUGGGGUGACGCAGAGAGACAGGUCCUGCACGGCUCACGUGCGUGGAGCCCAGAAGACAGUGAACACACAGAAGGAUGGGGUGACGCAGAGAGACAGGUCCUGCACGGCUCACGUGCCUGGAGCCCAGAAGACAGUGAACUCACAGGAGGAUGGGGUAACGCAGAGAGACAGGUCUUGCACGGUUCACAUGUGUGGAGCCCAGAAGACUGAACUCAGAGAAGGAUGGGGUGACGCAAGAGACAGGUCCUGCACGGCUCACAUGCGUGGAGCCCAGAAGACAGUGAACACACAGGAGGAUGGGGUGACGCAGAGAGACAGGUCCUGCACGGCUCACGUGCGUGGAGCCCAGAAGACAGUGAACACACAGAAGGAUGGGGUGACGCAGAGAGACAGGUCCUGCAUGGCUCACGUGCCUGGAGCCCAGAAGACAGUGAACUCACAGGAGGAUGGGGUGACGCAGAGAGACAGGUCCUGCACGGCUCACGUGCGUGGAGCCCAGAAGACAGUGAACACACAGAAGGAUGGGGUGACGCAGAGAGACAGGUCCUGCACGGCUCACAUGCGUGGAGCCCAGAAGACAGUGAACGCACAGGAGGAUGGGGUGACGCAGAGAGACAGGUCCUGCACGGCUCACGUGCGUGGAGCCCAGAAGACUGAACUCAGAGAAGGAUGGUGGUGGGAGGCGUCAGUCAGAGGAACAAGAUCUCACUUCUGCAGGAUGAAGGAGUUCCAGAGGUGCAGAGUAGUGGCUGUAAUUAAUAAUUCUGUAUUGUAUACUUGAGGUUUGCUCAGAGUAGAUCAUACAUGUUCAUAGUACUUCGACCACAACAAAGAAGGUAAUUAUGUGAUGACAUUGACAUAUUAGCUUCACCAUGGUAAUAGUUCACUGUGUAUAUCAAAACGUACACCUUAAAUAUAAACAAUUUUUAUAAAAACUUAAAAAUAAAGUUGGUAACAUACUGGCCAUACUUAUUUUUCCACUUAGCGUUUUUUUUCUUCUAACAGCCAGUUACAAUCCUGUGAAAAUUAUUUGGAGACCAGUGGCAUAGUGGUUCUGAGCCCAGGUUUCAGAGUUAGAUCUUGUUUUAAAUUCUGUUCCUGCCACUUAUUCACAGCAUGUUACUAAGUAAGUCAUUUCAGUUUCAAGUUUUGGUUUCCUUGUCUGUCAAACAGCAGAAUAAUUCCAACUUCACAGAGUUCUUACAAGGAUUUAAAGAGACAAUAAAUGCAAAAUUCUUAAAUGCUGUGGCUGACACAAAAGAUUAACUUUGGAUAUGAGGAGUUCUUAUAGUUUUUUCUUUUAGCGUAAAUUUGUUUUUAAAUCGUAAAAAACACAUAAAAUUUGCUAUCAUAACCAUUUUUAAGUAUACAAUUUAGUAGUGACAUAUAUAUGUAAAAUUUUUUUUUUCUCACAUUGUUGUCCAAAUUAUUUUUUGGAGUUUUUUUGUUUGUUUCUUUGUUUGCAAAAUGAAAAGUCUGUACCCACUGAAUUUGGCUCCAUGUUUUCCCCACCCUCAGCCCUGGUACUGCUAUUCUUCCUGUGUCUGUGCAGUUGACCAUGCUCGGAAACCGGGCAGGGGGACAGUAUAUCACGUUUACACUUUCCCAGUGUCCAGGCUCCAGUUUCAGUCGUCUCCAGAACACUCUUUAAGAAUCCCUAACAUGUACCUGGCUUAUUGUACCCUCAAUUAAUCCCCAACAAUAAAAAAAAAAUAAUAACAAAAAUAAACAAAUAAAUAAAAAUAAAAAAGCAAAAAAAAAAAAAAGAAUCCCUAACAUGUAACUGAGGCAGUGAAGUCUGCAUGAUUGACACUCAGGAAGAAGGAAAGUGUGUUUGUCCUUUUAUCCUCGAGAUGAAUGCCUGGCCCAUGGUGCUCUCUGCAGCAUGGUGCUCGGGAGGGGAGUGGUGCCCCCGUCCAGCUGGGAGAAGCCUUGUCCCUCGGUCUGGGUCCUACGCAAGUGGUGGGCUCAGCAGGGAGGGUCGGUUCUCCCUCCCCUCCAGGUACCGCGCACUGGUGGAGAUUCGGAUAAGGGAAAGCAACUGUUGGUGGCAGAAAACGCACCAUUCCGGUUGUCACUGAAUCAUUUGGUCAAAUCACUUCACCUCUUUGAGUGCCGAUUUUCUUAUCUGUAAAUGGGCGGUUCAACCAGACGAGUAGGGUUGAAAAUAUUUAUUUAAGCAGGAGCGUUCUUGUUUUUUCUUUAAGGGAGAGGUAGAUGUACGUGUGGGGAGAAGGGUUGUCACAUUUUGAAAGAUCUUUUCAAGGACAGUGUGGGAAACAAACUGGAGGAUGCAAAGGUGGGUUUGGCGGUGACAGAGGGAACAUUGUUCAGCCAGGGAUGGCAGCAGGAUGGAGAGAAAUGGGCGCUAGUGAGAAUAUUCAGAAGGUGAAAGGCCUAAGUACUGAGAGAGAGGAGGUGGGGAAUACGGAGGAAGACAUCAGAGGCAACUCUUAGUUCACUUUGCCUGCAAGACUGAAACAGAAACUGCUGGAACUCAGGGGAAAGAGCGUGUUUGUUUUUAGACUUGGUGGAGUUUGAGGAGCUGUAGACCGAGGAGUAGGCAGGCAGAUGCCUGGCUCUGGAGCUCAGGGUCUAUUUACAGAAAGUGACGGAAAACACGCUUCUCUCUGUGUCCC